CAAGGUGCAUGUAAUGUUUUUUUGGAUUCAGUUUGUAAAUUUUAUAGAAGUAAGGCCAUAACUCGGUAUUGUCUUUAUACUAUUGAAAACAACCAAAAUCGAGAACCAAUAAUAAAUUAUUUCAAGUUUAUCAAGUAAAGGAACUGGCAAAUCUGGUUCAAGUAUCAGUUACUAAAAUAUACUAAAGAGCCUUCGCUUCAGCCUACUAGCUAGCCUUUUACAGAUGGACCAGACAUCACUGUAAUGGACCAUAGUGACAACGCUCACAAUUUAUUUGCGGAGGAUCAGUCGUCGAAUCCAUCUUCAACUACACAGUCGAUCUCUCAAACUAAGUCGACAAAAAAGAAAAGAAAAAGAUCUCAAAUAACCAUUUGUCUAACCAACUGCCGCUAUGAAUGCAUUCGGAAAGUCGCGAGCGAAUUUGGUAUGCGGGAGGUUUCAGAGGACGACGCUUGGAAUUUCUAUUGGACCGACAUGAGCGUUUCUGUUGAAAGAGCAAAAGAGAUGAAAAGAUUCCAGAGAAUCAACCAUUUUCCUGGAAUGUUGGAAAUAUGCAGGAAAGAUUUGCUCGCUCGCAAUUUGAAUAGAAUGCAGAAAAUCUACCCGAAAGAUUAUAAUUUCUUUCCGAAAACAUGGUGUUUGCCUGCUGAUUUUAGCGAAGUAAUAAAUUAUAGUAAAUCUCGAAAAAAUAAAACUUUCAUUAUAAAACCAGAGUGCGGAAGCCAGGGUCGUGGAAUUUAUUUAACCAAAUCUCUGAAGGAUAUCAAACCUACAGAUAAACUCAUUUGCCAGGUGUAUCUGUCGAAACCGUACGUGGUAGACGGCUACAAGUUCGACAUGCGCGUUUACACGUUGAUAACAUCCUGCGAUCCACUACGAAUUUUCGUUUACAAUGAAGGAUUAGUAAGAUUCGCAACGAGUAGAUACGCUGAUCCGAACGCAAACAACACUACGAACGUGUUUAUGCACUUGACGAACUACGCGCUCAACAAGCACAGCCGAACUUAUGUGUACGAUUCAGAAGCUGGGAGUAAACGCAAGAUAUCAACUCUGAACAAGAUCCUCAAGUCGCAAGGUGUGGACGUGGAGGGGGUGUGGCAAUCUGUGGACCAGGUGAUCGUGAAGACCGUGAUCGCUGCGUGGCCGGUGCUGAAGCACAGCUACCACGCCUGCUUCCCCUCGCACGAUACUGUUCACGCCUGCUUUGAAAUACUUGGCUUCGAUAUUCUUCUGGAUCACAAACUACAUCCUUACAUUUUGGAAGUGAACCAUUCGCCAAGUUUCCACACCGACACUCAGCUGGACCGAGACGUGAAAGAGAGUCUACUCCGAGAUACCUUCACAAUGCUUAACAUCUGGCAAUGCGACAGAAAACGCGUUCUAGAGGAGGACAGAAAGAGAAUUAGAGACAGACUGCUCCAGAAUAAUAAACUUGUAGAAUCCCCAACUGAGGACAAAGAGCCAGAGAAAAGUCCCUGGCAGAUACAAAUACAAUGGGAAGAAUCACAUCUUGGAAACUUCAGGCGCGUGUACCCAGUCGGCGAGGUGUACGCGCGUCUGUUCCAGCAGCCCACGGGCUCGCUGUACGCCGCCACAGCGUCUUCGCGCGCACGCGGCGACUGCACACGAGCGCAUAUGGACGACUUCCAGCAAAAUAAAGCAAAAGCAGAAGCGUUGAAGACCCCAUCGCAAGCUAAACCUAAGGAAGUAGCGAAAAAAGCAAAAGACGACGCAAACUCACAAAAGCAAUCGAUAGAUGGAGAAAAGCGAAAGGAUGAAGUAAAAAAGAAUCCGACUGUCCAAGAUAACAUUCAGAGUUUACCAAAAUACGUCACGAGUUCCUUCGAGCCCGAUCCGAUUGUGGAGAAGGAAGAGCGAGAGAGAGUAAAUUUACUGGCGCAACGAGACUUCCUUAUCAGAAGCUAUGGACUGCUAGAACAGAUAUAUCUUGCAAUGAAAAAGUUGGGUACACUUCGACCGGAAGAUGAACGCAAAUAUGGAAUUUACGGACGUCUCUCUAUUGUAUCGAACUCAAAUAAGACCGUGAGUUAAAAAAGAAAUCUUGAAUAAAAAACAAACUGAAAAUCUAUUAAAGAAAGCACAUAAAAAACGUUACCUAAAAGCACAAGCUACGUAAAAGACGAGACUCCUUUGGAAAUUCGAAAAUCAAAACCUUAAGAUAACAGGAAACUUACAAAUUGUAUGUCAGAGAUAAAUUAUAAUUUUGAUAUGUAAGUAUGUAAAUUUUAAAGU